GCCAAAAUAUUAGCCCUUGGAAAAGCAUUUCCUCAGCAAUUGGUGAUGCAGGAUUUCCUUGUUGAUGGGUACUUCAAGAGCACUAAUUGCAAUGACUCUGAGCUCAAACAAAGAUUGACUAGACUAUGUAAAACGACGACGGUGAAAACGCGGUAUGUGGUGAUGUCGGAGGAGAUCCUGAGGGCGUACCCGGAGCUGGCGAGGGAGGAGGGGGAGGGGGAGGGGAAGGGGGGGCGGCUGCCGACGGUGAAGCAGCGGAUGGAGAUCUCGAACAAGGCGGUGACGCAGAUGGCGGCGGAGGCGUCGACGGCGUGCAUCGCGUCGUGGGGUCGGCCGCUGUCGGCGAUCACGCACCUCGUCUACGUCUCCUCCAGCGAGGCCCGGUUCCCCGGAGGCGACCUGCACCUCGCGCGCGCCCUCGGCCUCGGCGCCGACGUGCGCCGCGUCAUGCUCUCAUUCACCGGCUGCUCCGGCGGCGUCGCCGGCCUCCGGGUGGCGAAGGACCUCGCCGAGAGCGCCCGCGGGGCCCGCGUGCUGCUCGCCACCGCCGAGACCACCGUCGUCAGCUUCCGGCCCCCCAGCACCGCCCGCACCUACGACCUCGUCGGCGUCGCGCUGUUCGGGGACGGCGCCGGCGCGGCGGUGGUCGGGGCCGACGACGACGGCGUCGCGGAGGGCGUCGAGACGCCGCUGUUCGAGCUGAGCGCGGCGGCGCAGCGGUUCCUGCCGGGCACGGAGAAGACGAUCGACGGCCGGCUGACGGAGGAGGGGAUCAACUUCCAGCUGGGGAGGGAGCUGCCGCAGUUGAUUGAGGACAAUGUGGAGGACUUCGUGAAGAAGCUGAUAAAAGAAUGUGGAGGUCAACUUAAUCAAGAUGGAGGGGACAUGAUGAUCAAGUACAAUGAUCUAUUCUGGGCCGUUCAUCCUGGUGGGCCCGCAAUACUAAGCAGGGUGGAGAACAAAUUGGAAUUGUUCCCAGAGAAGCUAAGCGCGAGUAGGAAUGCAUUGAGGGACUAUGGAAAUGCCAGUAGUAAUACAAUUAUGUAUGUGUUGGAGUAUUUGGUGGAGGAGAGUAAGAGGAAGAGAGAGAAAGGGGAGAGAGAUUGUGAGUGGGGUUUAAUUUUGGCUUUUGGACCUGGGGUCACAUUUGAGGGGAUCUUAGCAAGGAACUUGUUGGUUCCAUAG